GCGACGCCAGGCACCCAGAGCCCCUCCCGCAUCGCCCUUCUGCCGCUCCAUCAGGACGCCCGCCAUGUCUUCGCUGGACCCGCCCACGUAUCUCACCUCGAUCCAGAACAACAUCCGCGCCCGCCCCAUUUCGUGGGAGGGCGCAGUGCGGGCCAAGACCAUCACGGAUGCCGACCUCAAGAAGAUCAAGUCCAUCGACAAGGUGCGCAAGGAGCAGCGCAAGCAGACGAUUGAGGCGGACCUCGAUGGCUUUGUGGCCCUGCUGCUGGGCGGAAAUGGAUCACAGAGCAUCUUCGAGGCGGCGGCCAAGCGCCAGGAUAUCAUCCACUACAUGCUGGUGCUGCUGGGCGACAUGAUUGAUGAUAUACCCGCACUCACAUCUGCCCUGGUCCAGCACCCGGCGCCCUACACGCCAUUCCUGCCGCUGCUCAAGGCUUCAUCCAACAACGAAGACCCCGUCCCGCUUCUCACAUCCUCGGUGCUGUCUGGCCUUUUGUCACACGCCGUCACCCAAAACUCCAAGAGCAGCCCCCAGCUCGACGAAGCUCUGGCGCAGCUCUUCACCUACCUCUCCACCCUGGCAAAGGCCUCCGACGCUGGCCUGCAAGACAUUGCCGUGCGCGAGUACUCUGCCGUAUUGCGCAGCAAGCGCUCGAGGCACAUUUUCUGGAAGCACAGGAAAGAGACGCUGAAUCCUCUCUUUGACAUUCUGCGAGCCGCAGCUGGAUCUGCCAAGGACACGGACUCGACCCUCUACAGCGGUGGUGCCAGUAUCCGCAGCACAGCAGAUGGCGCCAUCUCGGGCGGUGUUGGGCUCCAACUUCUCUACCACGUCCUUCUUGUCAUUUGGCAGCUGAGCUUUGAGGGCGAGCUUGUCGGAGAGGGUCUGCAGGAUGAACAUGACAUUGUCAUACUCUACACGCAGAUUUUGAAGGUCUCUCCAAAAGAGAAGACCACGCGUCUCCUCCUCUCUACCCUUUUGAACCUCUUGACCACGAACCGCCAGACGCUGCUUCCUACCGCAGUUCUUGCUCGCUUGCCUACUCUCCUUACAAGCCUGAAGUCACGCCACUUGACCGACGAAGACGCGCUCGAGGACCUGCAGGCGCUAAACGAGCUGCUGGAGGAGUACACCAAGACGCAAACGACUUUUGACGAAUACGCUGCUGAGCUUCACUCUGGUCACCUUCGCUGGUCUCCACCCCAUCGUAACCCUACCUUUUGGCGAGACAAUGCACGCCGUAUUCUGGAAGAGAACAAGGGCGAGCUGCCUCGCAAGCUUGCUGAGAUUCUUUCCAAGAACUGGGAAAAUGAUAAGCAAGUCUUGGCGAUUGGAUGCAACGAUGUUGCAUCCUUGGUCAAGGAAGUACCAGAAAAGCGACAACAGCUUGAGAAGCUGGGCCUGAAGAGCAGAGUCAUGGAACUGAUGCAAGAGGCGGAUGAGAGCGUACGGUGGGAGAGCCUGAGGGCUGUUGGCGAGUGGCUUCGGUACAGCUUCGAGUCCAAGACCGAGCUGCCAGUCAGGUAACGAAUCUAAGCAGUAGAAAUGUUUUUCCUUUGGCAGCAAAAAGCGUGUGUCGGCGCUUUCCAAUGUACAUCUCUUGUCAGACGAGGGCUAUACGAGAAUGCUCAGGCAGUUUGCGCAUUGCCGUUUUGACGUCUCUUGCUCCCACGGUAUACCAGUAGCUAGCAUCUCACCAACAUUGUUCCAGU